AACCGAGUUUUUAGUUGAAGUUCAGCGAUCGGUAAAUGCGUAACAGACGUGUGAAAAAAUAGCCCAAAAACUUUCGUGCUUGUGAAAUACAUAAAAUUAAAGAAAUUAUUUCCGAAACACUUCUGACAUGUUCGCAACUAAGCAUAAAAUACAAGAACAACCCCAAUCCAACCUCAAAAUCAUACAAAACGGCUUAUGAAAUAUACUUCAAAAGAAUCGUAAUCCGCUAAUGUGCAAAUAAAAAGAGGAAAAUCGUACGAAAGCCGGCUUAUAAUAAGAACUAAAGUGAAAUGGAAAUGGCAUUACGAUUUUUUAGUUUUUGUAUAUUGCUGGCCGGAACAGUGCCUGUUUCGAGUUCGAUACUCAUACCGAAUAAUGUCUCCAGAAGCUGCCCAUACCGGAGCAGUUGCAAUUCGUCGGUGAAUGUGCAGCACAUCGAAAUGCUAAUGGAUUGUGUGGACAAGACGAAGGAUCCCUGUGAUGAUUUCUACGCCUAUGCCUGCGGCAACUGGAAGAGGAACUACACAGCCACGAGCACGAGUGAAGACCAAAUAAACAGUCAAUACAAGUACCUCAUCCAGAAUUUAAGCCGUAACCCUCGGUCCCCGGAAUACAGACAGCCCAUGUAUGGAAAACUAGCGACCUACUAUCAGCACUGCCUUGGACUGAGGGGCCGGAAUCUCCGGCGGUACUUGGAGCUGCUGGAUCUCCCAUCGUCCCUGAACUCUACGGAUUGGAUGGAUUUGCUUUCUCGACUGGGCCAAUAUGGAUAUCGUGGUCACUUUGUGGAGGUGUCGGUGCGCUGGCACAAUGCCAGUCGGCACAUGAUCUUCCUGGAGCCGCACAACCACCGACUGAAUCUGAAUCUCACGCAGGACAUAUACGAGGCAUUGCCACUAGGUGAACUUCCUCUGAGCUACUCCGCCUUGCGGGAUCAGUUUGUUGAACUGGAGGACCGAUUAGCCACCUUGGUAAAGAGCCACGAGACGGAUGACAGUUUUAUGGUGUACAGCCUGGAUGAAAUUCAAAAUAAAGUGCCGGAACUCAAGUGGACAGAGGCUCUAACGAAGCAGCUUAACAGGACUUCCAUCGGUGGAGAUCAUAGUUUCCAGGUGGAUGAUCUGACGGCCAUUCGAGAGAUAGCCAUCCUGCUGAACAGCAUGGAUCGCCGUCUGCUGAAUCUAUAUAGUCUGGCCCGAUUCCUGCAGUAUCUCCUGCAACUGCCGCACAACCCUCUGGCCACCAUGGAAUCGGAUGGCGGUAUGAGGUCUCUACGUUGCAUAAGGCAAAUGCGGAGGGUGCUGUACAUCCCCAUGAACUAUGUCUAUGAGAGGAACUACUACGCCCCGAGGAGGGAGGCCGAUGAGUAUGUUAUCCGAAAAGUGUUUGGAGAGCUGCAGGAAAAGUUGGAAAAGGCAGUUCGGACCAAUCCCUUCCAGUUGCAACCGGACUUGGUGGAUCAAUUGUCAGAGAAGGUGGAGAAAAUGCGCAUCAACGUGGGCAACCUACCGCCCAAUGCCUCGGAGCAGUUCUAUACCGACAUUGAUAAGAGGUGGAAGGUGGGAGAGGACUUCUAUGAAGACCACCUGAAUGGGCUGCUCUUCUUUUACUCGAUCGUGGCGGAGCUCGAGGGCGGCGUCGAUAGCAACUCGCAGUCCAUUUGGUACAGCUUCAACAUGCACUCUCCAGACUUUGGCGACAACAUCGAUGCCACACCGUACUUCCACUGUCUCAGCAAUAUGAUUUUGGUGCCUUACUCCUACUUGACGCUGCCCUUCUUCCAUGUCGACUUUUGGCCAGCGCUGCUCUACGGAGACCUGGCCAACACCCUGGGCCACGAAAUGCUGCACGCCUUUGACACAUUCUUGGGGGACUACGAUGGCCAGGGUAACAUGAGAAACUUCAGCGACCAGCUCGGCAAGGAGCCACUCUACAAGACUGCGUUGGAAUGCCUGGACCAAAGUGAUGCCAUCCUGAACGAGCGCAUCCCGGAUGUCAGCGGCUCCCGGCUGGCCAUCCGCACCUACAUGGGCGACUGGCUGAGUCUGCCGGACAACGGCCAGAUAUACUUUAUUCAGUUUGCACACUUCUUCUGCGGCGACGAGGGCGACAAGUACCACGAGUCAGGAAGCCAGCGACUCAACUACGCCGUCAGUCAAGUGCCCGAGUUCGCCGAGAUCUUCGAGUGCAAGGCGGGAACCAAAAUGAACUCAUCACCCCAGUGCCCGUUCUGGUAGAAAAUGUAUCCAUCAUAGCCUUAAUGUACAUUGAUAGUUUUUUUGCAUAGCUUUAAUUAGGUGCCCACAAGUAUUGUGAAUAAAUUACCAUCAUGUUUAGGAACUCAAAACGUCCUGAA